GAUGCAACUACGUCUACAAGGAUUUUCUUUUUUGAGCCGGGAUAGCCAGUAGGGCCCUGACCAGUAGGGUAAAACAAGAUUCGAGAAGAACAUGCUGAUCGUACACCCUUGAGUCCAUGGGUUGGCUUAUUGUGGGUGCUUCACAAUCCAAUGAUUGAUUGGUGUUGUCUAGCAAUCAAGAUACAACAAUUGCAUUACAUAGCCAAUGAGGCAUCAAAAUACACCAAGGACCAAAGAGCAAUGGGGAGGAUACCACCCAUAUACAAGGAAGCUUUAUCAUCAAGAAAACAAUUAAGCUACCCAAUCUCCAACUCUAUUAGCUUGACUAAUGAACGAUAUUUGAAGAUUUAUCAACCUAUAGUGCAAAAACCAUUGAAUACCUCACAGGGCAUCUAUCCCCCAUGGAACAUUAUCUUGAAAUGAUUGUUCGCUUGAUUUGAGGACUCAAAUUGCAAAACGCAGGGAGUGGGCGAAUCCGGUAACUAUGGAUCAACUUUCCUGAACAAAUAUUUGUCAUCACUGGUAUCUCUCAUGCAAUGGCCUUUUUAACUGAAACGACUAAGGUCCUUUUCUCUUUUCCUCAGUCACAAUUUUGUGCUGCCCAUGUUGUUUUUGAUUCCAUGUUAAUGGGUCCAAGUAAAAAGAGAGCUUAUUUCUCUAAUUCUGAAACAUCUCCAUGUUCAGGGAGAAAAUGGCUGCAGAUCUUUUAUCUGCAGGGGCAAAGCCAAACUGGUCUCAUACCCCACUUCAGAAAACCCUGGUGGAUGCACUGCUGCUGAUCUUGCAUCUGCGAAGGGUUAUGAUGGCCUAGCGGCUGACCUGUCAGAAAUGUUUUUAGUAGCACGUUUCGAGGAUAUGCGUAUAGCAGAAAAUGUUAGUGGCUUGCUGCAAACUAAGUGCAACUGACACUGUAAACUCUAUGAACCUAAGUGAGGAGGAGCUCUAAUCUGAAGGAUACUUUAGCAGCUUAUCGAAUAGCUGCUGAUGAAGAAGCACGUAUAUAGGCUGCAUUCAGAGAAAAUUCUCAAAAAGUACGGACUAAAGCAGUCCAGUUUACAAAUCCAGAGGAUGAAGCAUGAAAUAUAGUUGCAGCAAUGAAGAUUCAACAUGCCUUUCACAACUAUGAGACACGGAAAAAGAUGACAGCUGCUACUCGUAUCCAGUUUAGGUUUCGUACUUGGAAAAUGCGGAAGGAAUUCCUUAAUAUGCGUGGACAUGCUAUCAAAAUUCAAGUUACUUUUCGGGGCUUCCAAGUGAGAAGGCAAUACCGCAAGAUAGUCUGGUCAGUUGGAGUGCUUGAGAAAGCAAUUCUACGAUGGACUUUAAAGAGAAAAGGCUUUCGUGGGCUUCAUGUUGAUCCUGUUGAAGUAGUUGCAGAUGAGAGGCAGGAAAGCGAUGCAGAGGAAGACUUCUACCAAGCUAGCCGGAAACAAGCUUAAGAGCGUUUUGAGACGGCACUUUUACAGGUUAAAGCCAUUUUCCAUUCGAAGGUGGCACAAGAAGAAUAUCGGAGGAUGAAAUUGACCCAUGUCGAAGCUGAGGUAAGUGAUUUGCCUGGUAACCAAACAAAAGGUGAUACCCUGGUAAUUCGCUGUCGUGUGCCACACUGUUGGAGAUGACCUGCUAUAAGAAGUUGAAAGAGAUAAAUUCUCUUUUGCUGUUGUUUUAAAUUCGUUUUCAAGUUUUUACAUGUCUGUUUUAGUGAAGUUGUUGCAGUUUUGAAAUUUGCUGGUCUCUUCAUCAUUUUUUAUAGUUAUUGG